UUUUUUUUUAUCUCCUGUUUAUCCAAACGAGGGCCUUUUUUUCUUUUACUUUUCGUGGUUAUUGAAAAUCAUGACAAGAACGAAUAUUCGUAACCAUCCUUAUCAUUUUGAACAAGUGCUGCAACAGAGCGGACUACAGAUCAUGUCACGCCAAAGCAAGGAUAUUGAGAACAACUUCACAUGGCUUGUUUUCAUGCAAACCAAGUGGGUUCCUUUUGAUGCGAAAAAUCAGUGGAAGUUAGAACAGACGUUGAGUCUGGGUGGCACGUUUGUGGAUAUCCAGGAUUCCCAUUUUCCAGGCGUGAACCGCGUCCGCGUAUUUCCAAAGACAAACUAUCUCAGCUACUUGGGAGUCAAAUAUCGAUUAUCGCGAGUCAUGCAACCGGACGCAUGGGACGAACGACGUUCACCAGAAGCAUCCAACCACACUCCACCCAGUCCCAACCAACCCAUCUUUUUUCCCUCGCCCGCCUCUCUCUGUUCACGUUCCCCCUCGUUAUCGCUCCUCUCGUACUCUGCCAUCACCACCAUGACCGAUAACCCUACCAACGCCACUUGGAACCACCACCGUCGUCAUGGGCAUGAACAUUAUCGCAUUAUUUCAUCCCGAGUCUCAUAAACGUCCUCAUUGGGUGCAGACAACCGUACAAAUAACUCACUGUAAAUACAAUAGCCAAAUCUCCCAGAUAUACAUGAUCACAAGCGUUUUUUAUUUUUUAUCAACUAAAGUUUAUUCGUUACUUUUUUA